AUGGCCAAACGAAGGAGAAAGACCCGCACCCACCUCAAGGACCCCAACCUGGGCCAGGACGCCACCACCGCCAGCGCACCAAAGAGCUUCAUCAUCAAGAGCGGAAAUGUCGGUCGCUCCGUCAGCACACUCGUCCAGGAUACCCGCAAGGUUAUGGAACCCAACACCGCCUCCAAGCUCAGGGAGCGCAAGUCGAACCGCCUGCGCGACUUCCUCACCAUGGCCGGUCCGCUCGGCGUGACGCACAUGAUGAUCUUUGGCCAGACCGACGCCGGCACCAACCUGCGCAUCGCCCGCUGCCCGCGCGGCCCCACGGUCACGUUCCGCGUCAACAAGUACGCCCUCGCCAAGGACGUACAGGCCUCGUCGCGCCGCCCAAAGCCCCCCAGCGCCAGCGAUUUCCUCACCCCGCCUCUCCUCGUCCUCAACAACUUUGGCAGCCAGGAGAGGCACGUAAAGCUCCUCGUCGCCACCUUCCAGAACCUCUUUCCGCCCAUCCAGGUGCACUCGAUGAAGCUGAGUCAGGCACGGAGGAUUGUGCUGCUCAACUACAACGAGGCGACGCGCACCAUCGACUGGCGCCACUACCUCAUCUCGGUGCGGCCCGUGGGCGUGUCCAAGGCGGUGCGCCGCGUGAUUGAAGGCACGACGCGCGCCUCUGCCGCCUCGCAGGGCUCGGUGUCGUCGAAGCGCAAGGGCCGGUCCCUGGUCAACCUGGCCGACGCCUCGGACAUUGCCGACUACGUGCUGGGACGCACCGGCGGCUCGUCUGCGUCGAGCGACGCCGGCGGCGGCGGGUUCGAGACGGACGCGUCCGAGGCCGAGUCCGAGGCCGAGGACAUGGCCGACCCGCGGAUGAAGGUGGAGCUGCACGACGACUACGUCGGGCGGGGCAACGUGGCCAACAGCCAGCGCGCGGUGCGGCUGCGCGAGAUUGGGCCGCGCAUGGAGCUCAAGCUGAUCAAGGUCGUCGAGGGCCUCAACGAGGGCGCGGUCCUGUACCACGACUACCUGUCCAAGUCGGCCCACGAGCAGGUCGAGCAGAGCCGCGAGCUCGAGGAGCGCAGGCGUCUCCAGCGCAUGCGCAGGGAGGAGCAGGAGCGCAACGUCGAGCGGAAAAAGAGGCAGAGGGACGAGGCGAAGCGCGAGGCGAGGAGGUUGCAGAGGGAGAGGGACGGGUUGCCCCCCGACGACGAGGGCGACGGCGAGGGCGAGGGCGAGGAUGGAGACGGGAAGGAGCCGGAGAGCGGGGCAGAGGAGGAGGACGAGUUCGAGUACGAGGACCGAUUCGCACCCGGCGCCGCCGCCGCCGUCGACGAGGAAGGAGACGAAGACGAAGACGACGACGAGAUGUUUGACGAAGGCGCCUCUGACGACGAGGAGGAUGACGAGGACGAGGAGGAGGAGGGGGACGACGACGACAGCGACCUGGAGCCGAUCCCGCUCGGAGACGUCCAGCACGACUACGACUCGGACGACCCCUUUGAAGAGUACGACGAGGGCGGCGACGACGACGAGGAGCUCUUCCAGCAACCCUCGGCGGCGGGCAAGAAGAGGAAGGUCGGCCCUCCCCCGCCGAGGGCGAAGGCCAAGGCCGGGGGAAAGGCAAAGGCAAAGGCAAAGGCGAGAAGAUGA